AUGCUACUCGGACUUCCCGAGAGCCUUCCGGCUCUGGUCGGGAAGCGGUUCACGGCCGCCAGAGAAUCGGGGAGUCUGGUGUUCUCGCCGACGCAGCUGACCACCAUCCACGCGGGUGGCAUAGCAUAUCAACUCCGCUACUGCCCCGCCCUAGCCAAAAAGCCCAAGCCCAGCAAUGAAGAAACUGAAACCGAGCGUCGUGGGCCCAAACCGGAUCCUUUCCAGGACCCCUCGCCGGAUCUUCUCGUCGCUGAAAUCCCAACCCCUCCUCGCGCACAACAACAGCAGCAGCAGCAGCAGCAACAACCAAGCCACAUCCUCGUCCUGAACAAAUUCCCCGUUAUCCCGAACCAUUUCAUCCUCGCGACGAAGACGUAUAAAGAGCAGACGGAUUUGCUGGAAAAGGAGGAUUUGGCUGCUACGUGGGCGUGUUUGAGGGAGUGGGAAACCCCCCAGGAACCACAGAAACAGGAUGGACAGAGUGGACAGAAGAAGAGGAGGCUAUUCGCCUUUUUCAAUUCCGGCCCUGACAGCGGCGCUAGCCAGCCUCAUCGACAUUUGCAAUUCUUGCCUGUGGAGGACAUGCGUGCUCAAGAACAGGAGCAGACGUCCGACUCGGGCGGUUCCUGGGAACCAUUGAUUGACAAGCUCUCGACCGAGCGCGCCAUCACGACGAAUAAUACUUUAGGGUUAAAGCAGCUUCCGGAACUGCCCUUUGCGCAUUUUGCUUGCGAUAUCCCUCCGGAUGCGUCUGCCGAGAGGCUGCAUGAGAUAUACUUGAAGCUGUACCGGGCUGCUGUCACGGCGACGCAGUCGGACAGAGUCGAUGACUCUGUAGAGACGUAUGGCUAUGGCCCAGCGGCCAUCAGCUACAACCUGGCCAUGACAGUGUCAACGAUGAUGAUCUGUCCGCGGAGGAGGGAGCAUGCUCGCCUUGACGAUAUCGGCAGCAGCCAGGACGGCAGCCAAGAUGGUGCUGCUGCUGCUGCUGCUGCUGCUGCUGAUGCGGGUUUAGUCUCCCUCAACGGAACCAUCCUCGCAGGAACGCUGAUGGUCAAGGCUGAGAACGAGUGGGAUGAGUUGCGCAGGAGGCCUGACUCGCUGAACGGGAUUUUGGCGAGUGGAGGAGGAGCUGAUGAUGAUGAUGAUGAUGAUGAUGAUGAUGAUCGUGUAUGCUGUGCUACCAAUGAAAGGAUAAUCGAUCGAUCAAUCAAUCAAUCAAUCAUAUCUUGA